ACUGCCCGUCGCGUUCGCGGUGGCGGAGGAGGAGGAGGAGCGGAGCGGUUCUGACGCCAUGGAGGCGAUACCGGUGCCCCCGGCCUCUCCCGCCGCUCUGGUGCCGGCUCCUGCCGCGGGCCCCGUCGCCGUGACGGGGAAGGAGGUGGUGUCGCCGGCCGCGAGGCACCCGAAGAAGAUCCUGGAUGAGGAGGCCUAUAUCGAGAGCUUAGAGAAGAUCAUCCAGCGAGACUUUUUUCCCGAUGUGGAGAAGCUGCGAGCACAGAAGGACUAUCUGGAGGCUGAGGAAAACGGCGACUUGGAGAAAAUGAGACAAAUUGCUAUCAAGUUUGGCUCUUCCUUGAACAAAUCGUCGCGGGACACACCUGCACCCUAUGUUACUCCAGCCACGUUUGAAACCCCAGAAGUGCAUCCAGGUGGCCUUCCAGUGGGACAUAAACCUAAAGCUGGCAUCAAGACUGCAGAGGAAGGAGAAGCAGAAAAGGAUGAGAAAGAUGCUCUUCCCAGCCUGGACACGUUCCUGGCCAAGCACACGAGUGAAGAUAAUGCUUCCUUUGAGCAGAUCAUGGAGGUGGCCAAGGAGAAGGAGAAGGUCAAGCACGCCUGGCUGUACAGCGCUGAGGAGGAGUACACCCGGCGACAGAAUGAAAACUUGGCACUUCCUUCAGCCGAGCAGCAAGCUCUGGAGAACGUGAAAGCUGGGCUGGAUACCUGGGAAUACACAGCUCGAAACACCCUCAUGUAUUAUCCCACAGGUGUACCUGAUGAGAGUGAAGUUUUUAAGAAGCCCAGGGAAGUUGUGCAUCGAAACACACGUUUUGUGAAGGACCCUUUUAGCCAAGCUGUGAGCAAAUCCCAGCUCCAACAAGCUGCAGCCCUAAAUGCUCAGUACAAACAGGGCAAAGUGGGGCCUGAUGGGAAAGAACUGAUACCCCAAGAUUCUCCAAAAGUGAAUGGGUAUGGAUUUGUGGCUACCCCCUCUCCUGCCCCAGGUGUGAAUGAGUCACCUUUUAUGACAUGGGGUGAAAUAGAAAGCACCCCUUUACGUCUGGAAGGGUCAGAAAGACCAUAUGUGGACAGAACACCUGGUCCAGCUUUCAAGAUCCUGGAGCCCGGACGCCGUGAGAGGUUAGGACUCAAGAUGGCCAAUGAAGUGGCAGCUAAAAACCGAGCAAAGAAGCAGGAGGCACUUCGAAAAGUGACAGAAAACCUGGCCAGCCUUACUCCAAAAGGACUAAGCCCAGCAAUGUCACCAGCUUUGCAAAGACUUGUAAACAGGACUGCAAGUAAAUACACCGACAAAGCCCUGCGAGCCAGCUACACUCCCUCCCCAGCCCACACAGGAACUCCUGGUUACAAGACCCCAGCCAGUGGACCUCAAACCCCCCAGAGCACCCCACAGUCUAGGACAGUAUCUCAGACACCAGUAUCUCAGGAUACUACAUCCAUCACGGACAAUUUGCUGCAGCUUCCCAAAAGAAGAAAGGCAUCUGAUUUCUUCUGAACAUUCCAGUCACCACUAAGGUGAUAGUGAUCUGACUGUGCUCAGUGAACUGCAGACUGGUUACUGGAGACUGGGGAAAUGGAGAUCAUUUCUUAAAGAUAUAUAUCUAUUUUUAAGAGAGCGGUGGAUUUAAUUAAUUUCUGUACAGCUAUGUCUGUUUCUUAAGUGGGUAAGCUUUUCUUAAAGGCUGAACUGGACUUGGCUCCAGCUUGUCAAACUUGAAUUUGCAGAAGAGGGGACACAACCAUGUGAAUACUGAGGCAUUACACAGAAUUUUAGAGAGGUUCUCUUUAACUUGAGUUUAAACUGGUGCAGUUCACAAGUUUGACUAACUUUGUGAUCUUGUUAAAACCAGCAUUCCCUAAGAGGACCCCAUUUCCUCCUUCACUGCUUACACUUUGCAGUAUGGGAUUUUCCUUCCUGAUUUUGCUCAGACUUCUUCUGCAGGUUUUGGGCUUGCCCUGUUCUGCAGCUGACAGAGGGAAGGGAUCAGAUUUGUUUUAUAGCUGCUCUGUGUGGGACUCCAGAGAGUUGAUGAUCACGAUGCAGGGGCCAGAGACAGUCCUGUGUCAUCCACCAGGAUGACAGUGCCCUUCUGAAGGACAGAAAUGAUACUUCUGAUAGCCACACUGGGGCUUGUGUUUGGUGUUUUCUUCCCAUUCUUUGAAACUUUUGGCUUUAGUUUUUAUAAUUGGCCAAAAUAAAGGAGAAGCAAUUUUAACCAUACAUAGCCUGCACUCAGGGCUGUGGUUGCUGCACAUGAGCUGACAUAUGUGUGUGGGAUGAGCCUUUGUGUGGUGUGAUCCAGUCUGGAGAAGCACUGUGCACUCUUCAGGAGGAAGCAGGUGUAGCCAGAUGUUUUCACUUGUUGCACCACACCUGAGUACAGGACAGCCUGUGUGACACUAGGCAGUGUUGGCAUUUGCUGUAGUCAGGUGAUGUUUUGCUGAGGGAUCAUCCAGGGAAGGUCUUACCCAGCAACUUGAGGAGUGUCUGCAGUGUUCUCUGAGGGCUGGGGCAUUGGGUGCUGUGUUUGUCUUGGUGGAGAGCUUCCUUUUGUGUGGCUUCCUCUGCCACUUCCAAAACUCAUGUCCCCGACUGUGAAAACCCUUCAGAGGGACUCAGUUUUUAUAGUGCACCUUGUAAAAAUAAAUGUAUCAACAUGGCAUUGCUAGGACUCAAAAAUUAGUAAUUUUUACCUUUUUAGUCCAGAAAUACUUGAAGGCUAUGUUUUUUUUUUUAAGCAAAAAAGUUAUUCUCGGGUACUCAUGAAUUAGUGUAAAAGGAGUGCAUUUAGUAAAGUUUUCACCCUCUCAGAAUUGUUCUUUAAGGACCCAACUGACUAAAUAUGAACCAAGUUCUUAGGUAACUUCAAAUAGUAAUUAUUUAUUUCAUAGUGAAAUGCUUGUCUCCAUGAAGCAUAGGACCUCUCUUAGGUACACAGGCAGGAGGUCAGACCUUGGCCUGCCCUUUGGGUCACUGAGCAGGCCAGGGAUGUGGGAUUCCUGCCCAUUUGUGGGUGCAGAAGCUCCUGUGAGUGUGGGAUGCACGGAAAGGCUGAGCAGCAUUUGAGGGACUGCAGGUGGGACUCCAGACACGUGGAUCAGGAGUGGGAUGGGGCAUCUCCCUGCCACAGCAUUUCAAACUGGCUGUGCUCUUACCAAGGUGUAGCUGGAAUAAUAGGGAAAUGUCAUAUAUGAAGGUUGUUAGCUCCACAUUGUGCAAUUCAUGCUUAAAAGCAGACUGCAUUAAAUAUUCUGUGGAUGGUGUUGG